AUGGAGGCGUCCGUCCCCGUGGGAGGUGUCACGGUGGCUCUCCUCUGCUGCUGCCUGCUGAGCUCUGCGGCAGGGGUCAGCGCCUCGCGGGUGUUGGGGAACGGAGCGGGCGUUUACGGUCAGAGCAGGGGGGGUGAGGCCAGGGCAGAGCUGGGCACAGCCAGGGUGACUCCCAAAGCCAGGCCCUCACCUUGCUGGGGCACCCCCAGGACCCCAACUCCUGCUCUACACCCCUCACGAGUCUCCCAUCCACCCACCCAGAACGUGGAUGGGGGUCCAGGUCUCCUCUCCGGGUCUGGAGCUGGAAGUGUUCCCAUUGACAGUGGGCAGACCAGGCAGAGCAAACCCCCUCCAUUCUCGCUCCUUCUCACUCCCAAAACUGUUUCCUCGUCCCAGCUCCAAAUUCCUUGGAGCAUCUCAGCCCAGAACAUCCCAAAAGACGUGUGGUGUGACCAGGAGGCUGAAGGUGUCCCAGGCAGCACCAUCUGCCCCACCCAGCUCCAGGCACUGGGCACCCACUGCCUUGCACCCACUUUGACCGAGGGGUCACUUGGGUUUUGCUCGGGGCAGGUGGACCCUGACGACGUUCUCACCAAAGAAGAGCAGAUCUAUCUGCUGGUGGAAGCCAAGGAGAAGUGUCAGAGGGACAUCAAGGCCCAGCUGGAGAAGAGCAGAGACACCAGCUGCCCUCCGGAGUGGGACGGGAUCAUCUGCUGGCCACGGGGCUCCCCCAGCCAGGAGGUGUCGGUGCCCUGCCCCGACUACAUCUACGACUUCAACCAUAAAGGUGAGUGCUUGAACCUCACCUCGGGGACGAUCCAGGGAGCAGGGACGUGUCAGGGCAUCCCCCGGGUGGGUCCUGCCGCUGUCCCAGCGCCCUUUGCCGUCCCCAGGUCACGCCUACAGGUACUGCAGUGCCUACGGCACCUGGGC